AUGGAAACCAAAGGUUUCCCUACAACUCCUACUAGGAUAAAGCAUAAUCAUGCUGGAUCUGAAAUAUCACCAAAAUCUCCAGCUAUGACCCUUCAAGAAGCAAGAUCCGUUAAAUAUGUAAUUUCAGCUGAGUUUGAUAACAAAAUAGGUGCAGUCGUACGACAUCAAAUACCUAAAAGAAUUCCAGGCUUCAAAGAGAACUUACCACAUCUUGGUGAAUUAAUGAUUCCUAAUCAUAGUGAACAUUAUACAAAAGAAGAUUAUUCAGUUUUCAUCCUGUAUAAAUCUCCAAAUGGGAAAUAUCAAUUAUUACCUGAUGACCAGGAUGAAUUCAUACCAGACUCCAGUCUAGGAUUACAACAUAUAAGUCUUAAUGAAAUCAAUACAAUAUUUGAAUAUAAAAAUCAUGAUGAUGAUAUAUUAUUUUUCUAUACAGUUACCAAAAAAAUUGAAGACUCUAAUGAUGAAAGAGGUGGGAAAGUACGAUCAAUAUCUGUGGGGACACCAUUAAGAAACUUCAUCAUUUUCAAGCAUCAUAUAACAAUUGCAAUUCAAAAUUAUAUGCUGGAUAAUCAAUUAUCUCAUUUAUUAGCAUUAUUUAAUACCAUCAAUAGCAUAGAUUUAACACUUUAUAAUCAAUUCAACAAAUCUUUUAAUGAUUUUCAAAAAAUAACACAAUUAAAUUCAGAAAUCAAUAAUAGAUUGAUCUUACCAAAGUUAAGAGAAACUUUAUUAUCAAAUGAUUCAUUAGAUACUGAAAAUAUAAGAUAUAAAUCAUGUUCAUUAGAACAAUCAGCAAUAAUUUCAAAUCAAACCCAAACAACAAUUGAAGACCCCAUGGAUAAAAUAUUAACAAAGAUACCAUUACAUUUAUCAUUAACAUCAUCAUCAAAUCAAAUUCAAACAGAUUUAAAUUUGACAAAAUUAAUACUUAAUUUCCUAAUUAAAUUCUCCACAAUUUUAAACUUAACAAAUUAUAAAAAUUUCAAUAUAAUGAUUUAUUCAUCUCAAAGUACAGAUCAACUUUGUCAAUUCAUCUUAUCAUUAUCUAAGUUAUUCAAUGGUUUUAAUUCAUCAUAUUUCCAUAAUGAUAAAAUCUUAUAUUUUCCACUAAUAGAUCUUUAUAAUUUUGAUUCAUUAAUUGAAUAUGAUAAAAAAUUCCAAAAUACUAAAAUCAUAGGUACGAAUAAUCCAAUAAUGAAAGAAAAUCCAGAUUUUUAUGAUUUUUGGUAUGAUUUAACCACUUUUGAAAUGAUUCCAAAUAAAUCUGUUCUCAGGUCAUUAGAAUUUUUUGAAAAAGAUGUCUUUAUCAAAACCCAAGAUUUUUUAGAUAUUUCCACGAAUUUAUUGAAAGGUUCACAUGAUUUUACAACAAUUUUUAAUACAUAUCAAAAAUUUAAUAUUUAUGAAAUUUUAAAAAUCUUGAAAAGAAAUGAUAUUAAUAAUGAAUCAUCAGAAAUAGAUUUAAAAGAUUAUUACCUAAAAAUGAAUAAAAAUCUUGUAUUAUUUGAUUGGAUUUUUGAAUACAAGAUAAUAAAGUUAAUAGAGACAUUAGAAAUUUUAUUUAAAAAUUUGAUAAAAUCACCAGAAAUUUGGAUAAAUGAAAAAAUUUUGAAAAGUUUAGAUAUAAUUUUAGAAUUUUUAUCAUCAAAUAUUAAAGGACAUUUAGAAAAAUUUAUUUUAUUAAUUGAAUUAUUCCCCAUAAAGAUUGGAAAAAUUGAUGAUUUAUUAUAUCAAGGUGAUGAUAUUGAUGAAUUUGGGAAUCCUUAUAAUGGGUUCAAUUGUUUAUUCCAAUUAAUAUUGAAUAAAGACUCAGAAAUCAGAACAAGGGUUGUUCAACUUUAUAAUAUUUUGAAAAAUUCUCAAUCAUCACCAUUCAUAAGGAAACGAAUUAACGUGUUUUUAUUAAUGGCUUUAGAUGAAUGUUGUUGA